ACCGUAGCAUUUUCAGUACUGGCAGUAAAUUUCGAAUGGAACACGGUAAAGUCUCACUAGCAAGUGCUUUGAAGCGUUUGAUGGACCAAUCAGAAGAAAGAAUUUUACAAAUCGACCAAUCCAAAACGCUUUAAAGCGUUCGUGUGCAUAUUGUGACAGAGAGAAGAGGAAUACAGAAAGAGGAAGGGAAAAAGAGAGACGGAGAAGCGAUGCAGAAAAUCGUAUAUUUUGCGAGGAUUCCGAGUGACGUCACGAGGUACGGUUUAUUUAUAAAACUACCGACGGGACGUUCGCACUUUGAGUCGACAGUCCUAUUCGUGUACACUUUGCGCGUCACAUAAAUCGCCGGAGGCCGACGACGUGUUCCAAUCCUCUUGCCGUUGCACUUAUCUCACAGGGGAAAACCACUUUAGAGGCGUGCCGGAGAGCCGAUGAGAGCCGACGAUUCCAAUCUCUGGAUUGUUGAGCUUCGACUUACCUGACGACGUGCUUUAUUUUCGCGAGCGGAUCGUGUCUGUCACACAUCCGAAACGUGACAGGUAUCUAAACGCAGAGAUAGAGUAAGAGACAAACAUGAGUUUACAGUGGACGCUCAUAGCUGGUUUCCUCUAUAUCGAAGUUGCGAUCGUUCUCCUUUUGGUGCUUCCAGUAGCCUCGCCGACCAGAUGGCAAAAGUUCUUCAAGUCUCGCUUUUUGCAAAGCUUAAAUAAUCAGGCUUCUAUUUAUUUUGUGGUCUUACUGGGCGUUCUGGUUCUCUUUCUGCUAGACGCCAUACGAGAGAUGCGCAAGUACUCUACGAACUUGGAUCACACAGAGCAUCAUCAUCAGUUGAACAUCGAAAUGCAAGAAAAUAUGAGAUUGUUUCGCGCACAGAGGAAUUUCUACAUAUCCGGCUUUGCGCUGUUUCUGAGCUUAGUGAUACGCCGUCUUGUCAUCCUGAUAUCUGCUCAAGCUUCUUUACUCGCGCAAAACGAAGCAGCCAUGCGGCAGGCUCAGUCGGCGACAACCACAGCCAGGAGCUUGUUGUCCCAGAGAACAAUUGGGGAAAGUGCACAGAAUGAUUCCAACGAGGCACACGACAAAGCUGUCUCGGAAUUGAAAACUCAAAUUAAGGAGUUGCAAGCGAAGAAUCAGGAGCUCGAGAGUAAUUUGACUAAAGAAAGGAAGGAUAAAGAAGCAGUAAAAUCGCAGGCGGAGUCACUCACGAAGGAAUACGAUCGUUUGACUAAGGAAUAUACGAAACUUACGCAAUCGAGUGGUGAUAAGAAAACCGAUUAAAUAAUUGAGGUUUACUCGUUUUUCUUUUUCUUCAUUUUUUAAACCAUCAUUUGCUCAUGAAUCCUAAAAUCUUGUUACGUUAUAUUAUAAUUUGUAUUGCAAACAAAAAUCACGUUCACUUAAUAUUAAAACACAUUCAUAUAUACUUUCGUUA